AUGAGCUCACAGCCGGCAGCAAGUACUAGCAAGCACAAGGGGAGCAGCAGCGGCAAGCGCCGGGGGAACGGUGCUGCAGGCGGGAGCCAGCGGCUGUUUGGUACGCCGCUCGACAUCGCCGCCUUGCCCAGCGCCAACCAGGUGACCCUCCACUCGGACGAAGACUCGAGCGACCAGCCACCCUCGUCGCAGCUCAAGAAGACGCGGCUUGCCAAGCGAAAGGUGAACAAGCCGACGAGCUCGGCCGAUGAACUAGUAGGAACCUCACAGAAGAAGAUGAAGAUGAAGGUGAAGAAGAAGGUGAAGGAGGUCGCCACGCCCGAGCUGCCGGGCGACAGCGGCGGCGGCAUGGAGAAGGAGAAGGAGAAGGAGACCAAGCCUAGCAAGCGGGCUGCGAGUCAGGACGCGCUGCUCGACGAACGCCGCCAGGAGAAUAACAAGCUGCGAGAACAGGCCAGCAGCCAACAGCAUCGGGCGGACGACUCGAUCUCUACGCGCAGGGAUCGAGCCAACCCAGUGAAGGAGGAGAAAGAGAAAGAGAACGGACGAGGUCAGCUGUCACAGAAGGAGAAGAGCGGACGGAUGGAACAGGAAAAGUCUGAGAUGGCCGGCCACAGCAGGACGUACAUCGACUUGUCUCAGGACUCGGAUGAAGGAGGAGAAGAGGAAGAGGAAGAAGAGAUUCCGCUCACCCAACGGGAGAAGGCCAGCUCCGUAGCUACGGAGCGAAGCGAGGUGGCCCCCGAUCAGGGCAACAACGGAAAGGAGGAGGAGGAGGAGGAAGAAGAGGAGGCCGAUCGGUCGAUGGCGUUGGUGACGAAGCGGCGGUAUGGGUCCUCCUCGCAACAGCACCGGAAGAAGCCAAAGCUGGCGGAAGCGAAGCGACGGCCCGAUGGCAAGUCGCACAGCUCGGACGAACUCGAUUUCCCUGCUACCUCGUCAUCUGCCAACAUAGAACAUGACGAGGGCGAAGAGGAGGCCGGCUCGAUUCCCAAAUCGGACCAAGAUAGUCACGACGAGGAAGAGGAAGAAGAUGAAGCGGAGGCGGAGGCGGAGGCGGAGACUACCGGUGGAGAGAAGCAGCGGGUCCGGCUCGGCUCCGACUCGAGCGAAUUGAAAGCAGCGGAGGAGCCGAAUGAGGCACAAGCUCGCGAGCGCGACGAGCAGCCGCCGGGGUGGUACCGCAAAGCGGGCAGGGAGGAAAUGGCGCAAAGCGAUCAAACCGACGCGCGUUUCUUGACAACACCAACCGCACAACCGAGCGCCGACCAAACGCCGUCACAGAAGGAGCGCAAACGAAGGGCCAAAGGCAAGGAGAAGGCGCCGGCACCGCCCGACAUCGACGAGGAGGACGAACGUGGACGAGGUGAAGAGGAAGAGGAAGACGAGAUUACGGGCUCGCAGAUGCCCGCCGCGAAGCCGGUGGUCACUCGAGGCGAAGAAGAGGAACACGAAGAAGGCGAGCCGCUCGCGGCGUUGCCCUCGGUCUGUCCCAUGUGCAGCAAGUCCGUCAAGCACAUGGACCUCCAGGCCAGGGAGGCGCAUGUGAACAGUUGUAUCGAUUCCCGCCAGCACACGACUGCCGAUGAUCCGGACUUUGUGGAGGCGUUCCAUUGCGAGCUGUGCGGCAAGGACAUGACGAAGUGGAACGCGCAGCAAAGGCAGCAGCACAUGGAGCGCUGCCUCGACAAAUUCACCGACAACAUAUCGCAGCAACUGACUCAGCAAGGCUCUGAGCCAACCCAGGAGGAUUUUGGCACCAUUACAGGAUCACGUAGCGCGUUGGUAGGACGCAUUGACCACCUGAAAAAGUGCGCUCGGAAGCACAAGCUCAGCGUCGAGUCCUUCCGCAACACCAAGAAGUGGAACGAGAUGGUCCCCGCGCCGCCAUCGACCCUCAAGAAGGCCAAGACUAAACGCGGCGCCACGAAGAAGACAACGUCAGCCGCUGCCGCCACGAAGCCGAAGCGGACACGGAAGAAGAAGACGACGAUGGCCGACGCCGCCGCAGAGGCUGCCGAGGCGGCCGCUGCGAGCGAGGUCCGGUCCAAGUUCUUUGGCGACGAGCUCGCCACGGUCUCGCACGCCAACUUCCUCGCCACCAUCGCGAAGCUGCGCUACAAGCAGGGCGGCGCCAGUGACGGCGCCGCACCUGCAACCUCGACUAGCACAGGCCCCGAUGCUGGCCCUGCAGCCAAGGCGCUGGGCGCCGGUGCCGCCGUAGCCCAGCCCCAGGAGCUCGGGCCCACGGUGGCUGUCAUGGCGGCUUCGUCGGCUUCGUCCUCCUCCUCUACGUCAAGCGUUGUCGACAAAGAUGAUGGCGAGGACGACUUUGCUGCCGACCCUCAAUUCAAGCGACCACCGGCCGUGGCACCCAAAGGCCGCAAGACCAGGGUGAAGAAACUGAAUUACGAUGACCUGGUGGCUGGCAUGGGCAAGGAGGACGAAGAGCUGAUGCUGGCCGUUGCCCUUUCCAACUCGCUCGCUCCGGCUCCUCCCGCGCCAGUGCUCUCUAGUCCCGAGAGCAGCCCGAGAGAUCUUGCCGGGUUCAAGCUGGGCGAGGAGCAACCGAAGAUGGACGAGGCAGCCGUCUCCGAGGUGAUGAAGGAUCUGUUCCCGGACGACGGGAGCCAGGAGAUCAGGCCGACGCCCCGACUGGCCGAGAGCACCCUGGCGCGGCGGUCCCCACAACCGCCCGGCAGGACCUCCCUCUGGAACUUGUCGUCGUCUGUGGCCGGGGCCUACGACCCGGUGUUCAUCAGGACCAAUGUGCUCCUCAGUCCGACCAGCAGUACCUGGCCGACAAGGCGAAGCUGCACCCGCAGGUGA